AUGAAGAGGACCCAUCAAUUCCUCUUAUUUUACGUUGUGGUGAUCUCUAGUUCUAUGUUUGUUACACAUUCCUUGAACUCCUGCACUACCACUUUCCCUUGUCUUCCUCACCAAACCUCUGUUUUACUCCAACUAAAGCAAGAGUUCGCUCUAAAGAAGCCUGAAAUUGAUUCAUAUCUUGGGUGGCAUAGUAGUUAUCCGAAGAUGAGAUAUUGGAAGGCCGGUAGCGAUUGCUGUUUGUGGGACGGAGUCACUUGUGAUAUGGCAACAGGUCAUGUAGUGAGCCUAGACCUCAGCGGCAGCUGGCUUAAUGGGCCUUUGCGUUCUAACAGCAGCCUUUUCAGGUUGCUUCAUCUCCUUAAGCUCAAUCUUGCAUUCAAUAACUUCACCUCAAGCCCCAUCCCAUCCGAGCUGGGCCAGCUUUCCAGGUUAACCCAUCUCAAUCUGUCUUCCUCUGAAUUUUCUGGGCAUAUUCCAUCUGAAAUCUCAAAGCUGACAAAUAUUAUGUCAUUUGAUCUUUCUGAUUGUUAUGGUUUGUACGUAAGAGAAGCGGGGCUCGAAAGGCUUAUCCAGAAUAUGACCAAUUUAAGACUCCUUAACCUGGACGGAGUGGAUCUUUCUUCUUCAUCGGUGCCUCAAUCCAUGGCAAACCUCUCUUUCUUGACACAUCUCUCUCUUUGGAAUUGCUAUUUGCAGGGGGAAUUUCCACAGAAUAUCUUCCAGUUGCCUAACAUACAAUCCAUUGAUCUGUCACAAAAUAUGGGUCUUACAGGUUCUCUUCCGGAGUUCAAUUGUAGCAGUAAUGUAAAGUCGUUGGUUAUUUUCACAACCAGUUUCUUGGGGAAAUUGCCCGAUUCAGUUGGGAACCUCAAGUCCUUGAAUGUUUUGAAUCUUGGAUCCUUUUCAGGGACAGUUCCUUCGUCCCUUUGGAACCUUUCUGAACUCGUAGAGCUCGAUCUUUCAGUGAAUUAUUUCAAAGGUCGGUUGCCAUCUACUCUAGGGAACCUUCCAAACCUCACCUCACUUGAUCUCUCUGAUAAUGAAUUUGGUGGUGAAUUACCAUCUUCCAUUAAAAACCUCCCACAAUUGAAAUCUUUAACUCUUAGAAGGAAUAAUUUCAGUGGUCAAAUUUCAACUUCAUUUAGAAAUCUGACCCAGCUAACCUAUUUUGAUCUUUCAUAUAACUUUUUCCAUGGGAACUUCCCAAAUCCAGUGGCAUUCCCAUAUCUUAUUGAAGAGAUUUAUCUUGGACACAAUAAGUUGACUUCAAUCCCAUCAUGCAAUCUUAACUUGCCCUUCCUGUAUUUACUUGAUCUGUCAAACAAUUUAUUAACCGGAGUCAUUCCUUCGUUUUCAUUUGUAAUGUUUUCUUCGGGAAUUCUAAAUCUGGAUGACAAUCAGAUCACGGACUUGGGCAUCUCUAAUUCAUCCAAAUUAGGCACUCUAUCUCUGUCCAACAAUUUAUUUACUGGAGUCAUUCCUUCUUCUUUAUUUACAAUUUCUUCCUUGGUAUCCCUAAAUCUGGAUGACAAUCACAUCAUAGACUUGGACAUCUCUAAUUCAUCCAAAUUAAAGUCUCUGGUUCUGUCCAACAAUUUAUUUACUGGAGUCAUUCCUCCUUCUUUAUUUGCAAUUCCUUCUUUGGUAUUCCUAAAUCUGGAUGACAAUCAGUUCACAGACUUGGACAUCUAUAAUUCAUCCCGGUUGACAAUUCUGUCUUUAAGCAGAAACAGAUUAAGUAGACUUAUUCCAAGAUCCAUAUCCAAAUUGAAAAAGCUGGGAGAACUUCGACUUGAUUCAAAUAAUUUAAGUGGCAAAGUUGAUUUUGGCAUUUUCUCUGAGCUGACUGGCUUGAAGUCUCUUGAUCUUUCAUAUAACAGCCGCCUAUCCAUAGCAAAUACAAGUAUGGAUUCCACUCUUCCCCAUUUUGAAGAUUUACAUUUAUCCUCGUGCAACAUAAGUGAAUUUCCAAUUUUUUUGAAAACACAGGAUGAAUUAAAGUACUUAGAACUUUCCAACAAUAGGAUAGAGGGUCUUAUACCUAAAUGGUUCUUGACAGUAGGCAUAGAGACCUUGGAAAGUCUUGAUCUUUCUUACAACUUCAUUUGUGGCUGGGAAGAAAUCCAAUCACUAAUUCUUCCAUGGAAGGCAUUAAAGUCUCUUGAUCUGAGUUCCAAUUUUUUGCAAGGACCACUUGUUGUUCCCCCAAUGUCCACCGAGUACUUCUCAAUCUCAAAUAAUAGCUUGACUGGAAGAAUUGAUCCAUUGUUCUGUAAAUUAAGGAAGCUGGUGUCACUUAAUGCAUCAAAUAAUCAUCUUAAUGGCACCAUUCCUCUAUGUUUCAACAAUAUCAGCAAUUGGGAAGAAGCCCCAUCACUGGAGAAUCUUGAUCUACAUUCCAACAUGUUGCAAGGACUACUUGUUGUUCCACCAAUGUCCAUAACAUUCAUUUUCAUCUCAAAUAACAGCUUCGUUGGAGGAAUUGAUCCAAUGUUCUGA